UCGUUAUGUUUGGAUGAUGGAGUGCAUGGAGGGACACUUUAAGUAAACACUGUUGAUUAAAUUAUGUUUAAUUCGCACUAAUUUUGAUCUAAUUAUCGUUUAUCCCUUUUAAAAGAAAACUGGAAUGAUUGACACAGUACAAUGAAAUAAUGUGGAAAAGACGACAACUUACAUUCAAGGACACUAGUUACCUGAUUAUAAUAAUAAUACUUUUCACAACAGUUCUGUACCUCAAGUGCACGGAGAUUAGGGAGAAGCUACCCUGCUCCUUAGCUUUCCCUCUAGUCCAGCUACACCUGGCCGGUCAACCUGUACCUGAACUACUACCUAGAGAACUACCUAUCUGGAUGGUGGAAACUAGUGGUCGCGUGAAGUUGACCGGAAGGGAGUUGUGUGCACUGGAGAGCGCUGCGCUUCAUAAUCCAAACCAAAUUAUUUAUUUUCUUCUCACGAACCCCAGACUUGAAGAUCUGCCUUGGAAUCUAGAAUAUCCAAAUAUUCAUUUUCGUUACCUACAUCUGGACAACUUUUUCCAUGAAACACCCCUUGGAAAUAUUUGGAAAUCUGGACAAUUGAGGUCCAGCAACUGGCCGGUCAGUCACCUUAGUGACUUAGUCAGGUAUCUACUCCUUUAUGAAUAUGGAGGAACCUACCUAGAUACAGACGUAAUUUCUUUAAGAAAUCUACCAAACUUUACUAACUUUGCCGGUAUAGAGUAUUCCAAGACAGGAACAAUUGGAGCAGGGGCUCUCAGAUUUUAUAAACAGCAUCCAGUUAUUCAAAAUAUAGUUCACAGACUUGAAAAAGAAUAUGAUGGAACAAAUUGGGGUUGGAACGGUCCUGGAAUACUUACUCAGGUUCUCAAGGAUACAUGCAGAUUACAGGAUAUAAGUUGGCCGGAAACCUGCUCCGGAAUCCAAAUUCUCAAACAGGAAGUUUUCUACGCGGUUAAUUGGCGGGAGGAAGAAAAUAUACAGGUUGAUAUGUAUUUCCACGGAGAGAGAGGAGACUUGGAGAAAAGAUUGAGGUCCAGCAUAGCAACACAUAUCUGGGGAAAGAAAACUUCAUCUAGAAAUCUCACAGAGGAGUCUCCAUUGUACAGAGUAAUGCAAGAAAACUGUCCUUUCUCAUCCAAACUUCUUCUGUAAUAUAUCUACUUAAUAAAUUAUUACUUAUUAGA